AUGGGGGAGUACCGAGACAGGAAAAAGGAGAACCAGGAGCGCCUGGCGGAGGACAACGAGGCCAACGAGGGUAUGGACGCCCCCCUGCCCCCCCACAGCUCCUCCAGGGAGCGCCUGUGGCGGGCCUUCGAGAACCCGCACACCUCCACCAUGGCGCUGGUCUUCUACUACGUCACCGGCUUCUUCAUCGCCGUGUCCGUCAUCGCCAACGUGGUGGAGACGGUGCCGUGCCGGCCGCCCAAGGGCGCCGUGAAGGACCUGCCCUGCGGCGAGAAGUACCAGCUGGCCUUCUUCUGCAUGGACACGGCCUGCGUGCUCAUCUUCACCUUCGAGUACCUCAUGCGCCUCUUCGCCGCGCCGAGCCGCUGCAGGUUCGCCCGCUCGGUGAUGUCGGUGAUCGACGUGGUGGCCAUCAUGCCGUACUACAUCGGCCUGGUGAUGCCGGAGAACGAGGACGUGAGCGGCGCCUUCGUCACGCUGCGCGUCUUCCGGGUGUUCCGCAUCUUCAAGUUCUCGCGGCACUCGGCCGGCCUGAGGAUCCUGGGCUACACGCUGAAGAGCUGCGCCUCGGAGCUGGGCUUCCUGCUCUUCAGCCUCACCAUGGCCAUCAUCAUCUUCGCCACCGUCAUGUUCUACGCCGAGAAGGGCACCGCGGGCUCCACCUUCACCUCCAUCCCGGCCUCCUUCUGGUACACCAUCGUUACCAUGACGACGCUCGGGUACGGCGACAUGGUCCCCAACACCAUCGCGGGGAAGAUCUUCGGCUCCAUCUGCUCCCUGAGCGGCGUGCUGGUGAUCGCGCUGCCGGUGCCGGUCAUCGUGUCCAACUUCAGCCGGAUUUACCACCAGAACCAGAGGGCGGACAAGAUGAGAGCGCAGCAGAAAGUGCGCAUGGCUCGAAUCCGGAUGGCAAAGAAAGGAACAGCCAACGCCUUCCUCCAGUACAAACAAGACCGAGCCCUCGGGGACCGGCACAGCAACAGCACGGCUCUGUGUGUGAAGAACAGAUCCGCCUUCGAGUAUCAACACAACCACCUGCUGCACUGCCUGGAGAAGACCACGAACCACGAGUUCACAAACGAGAUGAACUACAGCGAGCUGUGCAUCACGGAGUCGGUAGGCUACCGGACCAGCCGCAGCACUUCCUUGUCCAGCCAGCAGGGGGCGCAGAACAACUCCACCGGCUGCUGCCCCCGCAGGGCCAGAAGGAGAGCCGCCAUGCGCCUCGCCAACUCCACCGUGUCCGUCAGCCGGGGGAGCGUCCAGGAGCUGGACACCCUGAAGUCCACCUCCAUCAUGCCACAAACCCGCUCCAGUCUGAACGCCCAGAUGAGCGACCUGAAGCUGAACUGCGGGGACCCGGACUUCACCGCCGCCAUCAUCAGCAUCCCCACGCCGCCGGCCAACUCGCCCGACGACAGCCUGCCGCCGUCGCCCGCCCCCAUCCCCGGCAUCCUGCGCAACACCCGGGCCACCGCCUACACCCACGAAACCGUCAAGAUCUCCUCCUUAUAA